CGUCCUCUUAUUUUUCUUUUCCCUUUUCCUCUUCUUCUUCUUCGUCGUCUUCUUAUUUUUCUUUUUCUUUUUCCUCUUUUUCUUCUACGUAUACGUAUUCUUAUUAUUAUUUUUAUAUAAUACUUUCUCGUUUCACAUCGACACACAAGUUUUCCUUUUCGAAUCUUUUCACUUUGCCAAAGUUCCUUUUCUCUUUUUUCUUUCUUGUAUUUUUUUUCUUUUUUUUUUUUGUUGUCUUUUUUUGUUUCUUCUCUUAUUCCUUUUCUUCUUAUUCUUAUUCUUUUUCUUUGUUCCACGAGUCGUUGUUAUCUCGUAAUGUUUCGAAGGAAGACACGUUCCGCGCGAAUAUACAAUGAGCGAAACACAUACCAAAGAGCAAAAGAGAUGACGAAUAAGUGGAGAAGGUUUGCGGUGGAUCCGGCUAUGCGCGACGAUGAGGUAAUCUUUGCCGCAUGAGUCGGAGUUAUCUAGUCAGUUCGGACGAACGAACGAACGAAUGAACAAACGAACGAACAAACGUAGGAAAGCUAGGUUCCCGAUGAUAUUUCAUUUGGUAAAUAUUCCUAAAGAAAAUCAAUUAUUCUUUUAAAGGAGAAAAUGUGAUCGACGGAAGGACGUUCGAUCGAAACGAGAUAAGAUUUUGUUAACAAUGAAAUCUCGAGUUAUUUUUAUCUUCAAAAAGAUAAAAAAAAAAAAGGAAAAGAAAGAAGAAGAACAAAAAAGGGACCGAAAGAGAGAGAGAGAGAGAGAGGGAGGGAGGGAGAGAGGAAGAGAUGAAAAUGAUGGAAAAGGAAAGUCUAUUCGUUAGGCUAUGUAAGUACGUAAUACGUAGAUUCGACGAUUCCCUAGAAUCGAAUAAAAAGCUGAAAGAUUCGACGAUGCAAAGUGGAAAAAACGUAGAAAGAAAAGGAGAGAAGUGGAGAAGACUCGAGUUGGAUCCGGCUAUGCGCGAUGAUGAGUCGUCUAGAUCAGAAUCCAUGGUUACGCUGAGGGAUGAAAGAGCAGCAAAGCUGUUUGCUUGCUUACGCGAGAAACCUGUUCGCGAGUGGGCGCAAAUUUACGAGGAGACCUACAAGAGAUAUGCCAAAGGGAUGAUGAUGAUGAUGAUGAUGCUGCUGCUCGUUCGCUUAUGUUGGUCGCAGGUGUUCAACGAGAAAUACGACAAGAAAAAGGUCCUAAAUAUGGUAUAUAGGUAUACCUGGAGUCCAGGUAGAAGAAAUAAGAAAUACCAAUCGUCCCUAGUCCGUGCUUUGCCACGAAAAGCCUCGAACGAAAAGCGACGAGGCUUGACGAGGGUCGGACGGAGGGCCAACCCAAGGGGAACUUUACCGAACGUUUCGUUUCGACCUGAGCACGUUUGCUAUAACGCUGCUGUUAUAGCAGGAACGUUCGAGCACAAGCAAGCAAGCAAGCAGGCAGGCAAGCAAGCAAGCAGGCAAGCAAGCAAGCAAGCAAGCAGGCAAGCAAGCAAGCAGGCAAGCAAGCAGGCAAGCAAGCAGGCAAGCAAACCAUAGUGGCACGCUACGCAGCAGCAGCGGUUCUCACGCUCGAAUCGAACGUUUUUGCUGUCAACGUGACGACAACAACUACAAAACGCCGAGGAUCCAAUACAGCGGCUAUGCCGCAGUCUGGAGCAAAAGCCUCGGAAACUUAACGUUUUCCACUUUCUUGUCUCACUUGGAAAAUCUAACGGAGGAUACAAAAUAGAAAUUGCAACUACUUUGGUAGUAACUAAUAAGGUACAUUAAAGCCGCUCGAGGAGAAAGUCGAGUCGCGAUGGUAGGAGAUCGCGAUUACGAUCUAGACGAGUGGCAGGCAAGCAAAACGGACAUGUUUUCUUUCGUCCCUACUUUCUGUGUGCUACGCGGUGUAAGUAGUAGUAAUAUAAUAAAUAAUAGAUCGAGAGAACUUACGGAUCAAAUUUUGAAAGAUUUGUUAAAUAAAUGAAAUCUCUUAUAUGUGAAAGAAACUUUCUCUUUGUGAUAUAAUGUUUAUUGUCUUAUAGAUAGGUUAUCAGUUCUCUCCCUCCCUCUCUCUCUCUCUCUCUCUCUCUCUCUCUCUCUCUCUCUCUCUCUCUCUCUCUCUCUCUCUCUCUCUCUCUCUCUCUUUCUUUAACGAUUUUCGGAAGAAGUCUUAAAGAAGGAAAUGCUGACCAUCACCGGGUCCAUUCGCAUAUUCAAAGCAAUAGAGAGGGUCAGCAGCAUCGAGUACGUUUCUUCUGUGUACGUGUCGGUAAAGCUCUGAGUCGUAUUGUUGGCUUCGGAGUAGAGCAACCCGUAUGUACCCUCGGUCAGAAAAAAAAGAGGAAGAAAGAAAGAAAGAGAGAGAGAGAGAGAGAGGAGAGAGAGAGAGAGAGAGAGAGAGAGAGAGAGAAUGAAAGAAAGACAGAGCGAGAGACGAGGGUUGGAACCUUUUAUACGAAGGGUCGGCUGUCGGUCCCUGCUUCUUUUGUCCGGAUCGUCGAAGCGACAGCAGAGAAAUCCCCCUUCGACGGGUGCAGUCGUUUCUCUGCCUGUCUGCUUGGCAUGGCCUGGCCUGGCCUGGCCUAGCCUGGCUUGGCUUGGCUUGGCUUGGCCUGGCUUGGCCUGGCAUUGCUUGGCUUAGCUUGGCUUGGCUUGGUCUGGCUUGGCCUGAGUCUGGCCUGCUUGCUUACUUGCUUGCUUGCUUGCUUACCUGUUUGCUCGUUUCAUUCUCUCGAUCGUACUUACGUCCAAAUAGUCCUAACAUACGAAGACAUGUACGGAACUUCGCAAAUGGAUCUUGGAUCCUGUAUUCCCUGGCCAUUUGACAAAUCGAAUCGAUUUGUCGUCGAUCGAAGGAAUACAAUAAAAGACAAAAAGGUGGAUAAGUUUAUUCGAUACGAAAUAAACGAAAGAAAAAACGAAGAAAGGAACGAGCAAACGAAUGAGCAACCAACCAACGAGCAUCCACAGUCGGUUUGCCGUUGAACGGCCUAGAGCUUGUUGCCUGGCCUAGCCAACAGGCUGGCUUGGGUGUUGGUGAAAGGUGUGGCCGCCUUGGAUACACGAGAAAACGAGAAUGCAAUAUUCUCUCUCUCUCUCUCUCUCUCUCUCUCUCUCUCUCUCUCUCUCUCUCUCUCUCUCUCUCUCUCUCUCUCUCUCUCUCUCUCUCUCUCUCUCUUUCUCAUACACAUAUUGCUCAUAUGUAUAUAAUAUAUACAGAUACAUUCAAAGUGAUACACACCUACAUACGUAUCAGCAUGAACAUAUACGAUAUAUUCGCAAGGAACGUAGCAGAGAGUUCGCCUCUCGAGCGUUCUCCAUAAUUGUUCUCAUCCUGGUGCUUCGUUGUUGCCGAAGGUGAUAGGCUCGUAUGUACACGUAUGUAUAUGCGUAUGCGUGUAUAUGUUAAAGAGAAAGAGAAAAAAGAAAAAGAGGGAGGUGGAGAAGCAUAGGAAAGAGAAGGCAACGAUCGAAACGAACGACUCGUAUACAGGUGGUCGGAGCGAAACGAUCGAAGAGUACCGCUUAAUGGGAUUCAACGACCUCUCCUGCCCGUGUCGAACGCUGGACUGUCGUCCUGUUGGUCCUCGCGGGAUCCUACUUGUUCUCUCUCUCUCUCUUUCUCUCUCUCUCUCUCUCUGUCUCUUCUACUUCUUCUUCCUUCUUCUUCUUUCUCGUCUUAACCGAACAUAGGACUUUUCCAACUUGACGUUCCGCGAUGCGAUUCGCGCUGCAUUAACAUCUUGCUCGCGCGAGCACAAACACGAUAUAAGAUAGAGAAAGAGAGGAGGAAAGAGGAAGAAAGAAAAGUUAAGAGGAGGGAAGGACGAACAGCAAUGGGAAACGUUGCUACUCCGUAGCGGUACUGUCCUUGCUCGAUCGCCUCGAGCGAUGCUUAGUUCGCGGUAAUAAGCGUUCCCGUGUCCUGAGUUAUCCAGCUAUUUCUAUUCUUUUUCGUUGUAAUAUAUAUAUAUAUAUAUAUAUAUAUAUAUAUAUAUAUAUAUAACCUUAUAUCUAUGUAUAGGAAAGUACCAAAACGGUAAUACUUGGUAAACUUUGAACAAAAUAAUCUCUUCGAUGCAAUGUAUUUUUUCCUGAACAAAAUUCGGAGUAGGUCCAGAAUAUCGUUGAUUUUUUUUAUAUACAAAAAUGUAAGUACUAAUUUAAAAUAUAAAAGACGAAAUAAUGAUGAAAAAA